AUGGCGGCGCCCAAGGAGGCGUCACGUGACUCCCAGGCCAAGAUGGCGGCGCCCAGCAGUUGCGGCCCGGCGCUGUCCCUGCGCGUGGUGGCCGAGUGCGGGCUGAGCAAGGCCCGGGCCUGCGAACUGCGGCUGCCGCACGGCCCCGUGCUCAGCCCAGUCUUCAUGCCCGUGGGCACGCAGGGCACCAUGAAGGGGAUCACGGCCCGGCAGCUGGAGGGGCUGGGCUGCCGCAUCUGCCUGGGCAACACCUACCACCUGGGCAUGAGGCCGGGGCCUGAGCUCAUCAAACAAGCCAACGGCCUUCACGGGUUCAUGAACUGGCAACAGAACCUUCUCACGGACAGCGGCGGGUUCCAGAUGGUCUCCCUGGUGGAGCUGUCCGAGGUGACGGAGGAGGGCGUCCGCUUCCGGUCUCCAUACGAUGGGGAAGAGAUCCUGCUGACGCCGGAGAAAUCCAUCGAAAUCCAGAACGCGCUGGGCUCAGACAUCAUGAUGCAGCUGGAUGACGUGGUGAGCAGCACCGUCACGGGGCCCCGGGUGGAGGAAGCCAUGUACAGGUCGAUCCGCUGGCUGGACCGCUGCAUCGCCGCCAACAGCAAACCCGACAAGCAGAACCUCUUCGCCAUCAUCCAGGGCGGGCUGGACCCUGCCCUCCGCACCAAGUGUCUGGAAGAGAUGACGCAGCGGGACGUGCCCGGCUUUGCCAUCGGGGGGCUGAGCGGCGGCGAGGCAAAGGACCACUUCUGGAGGAUGGUGACCCUCAGCACCGACCGCCUCCCAAGGGGGAAGCCCCGCUACCUCAUGGGGGUCGGCUACGCCACGGACCUGGUGGUCUGCGUCGCCCUGGGCUGCGACAUGUUCGACUGCGUCUUCCCCACCCGGACGGCGCGCUUCGGCUCGGCCCUGGUGCCCUGGGGCUCCCUGCCGGUGAAGAACAAGCAGUUCGCCAAGGACUUCCGGCCCAUCGAUGAGAACUGCGGCUGCCCCACCUGCCGCAGGUACAGCCGGGCCUUCCUGCAUGCCCUGUUCCGCAGCGAGACGGCAGCCCUGCACCUCCUCACAGUGCACAACAUCGCCUACCAGCUGAAUCUGAUGCAGUCGAUCCGGGAGAGCAUCGUAGAGCAGAGGUUCCCGCAGUUCGUCCGGGACUUCAUGAGAACCAUGUACGGCAGCCGGGAGCGGUACCCCCCAUGGGCCGUGGAGGCCCUGGCCUCAGUCAAUAUCACUCUGGAGUGA